UUUUUAUUGUGCUUUAACAGAAUUCAACUUGCUGUAAGUUGCUGCAUCAGCGACAGUCUUGAACUUCACCACUUUUAAUUUUUCCAUGAGCACUUAUACCUCCAAGUAUUUGCUGUGUGGGAUCCUUUUAAAGCUUUGAGGUCCGUGAACUUUCGCUACGGUACUGGACAGCAGCGCAGCGGUACACGCCAUGUAUGCAUCAACGCCCGUGACUCCAACCGCAUCCAGGCCACUACAGCAGCGCAUAAUCGGCCGUCUCACUUUGGCGCUGCACUGCACGGUCGCAUGUGUGGCCUUAAGUAUUGCCUUCGUGUUGUUUGACAACACACUGUUCGCUUGGCACCCGGCCUUCAUGAGCAUUGGCUACAUUGUAUUCAUGACCGAGGGUCUCAUCGCAGCUAUCCACUUUAGGCAAAUCGAUGGACCAGAGCGCGUCAAAGCAAUCUGGAGCCAUGCGCUGCUCCAAUUACGAGCUGUUAUUUGCGUCAUCAUAGGUUUCGGCGUCAUCUACAGAAGAAAGAUUAUCCUUGGCAAGCCACAUUUCGUGUCGCUGCACGCGAAGUUCGGGCUUGCUACGCUCAUCCUCAGCAUACUCAUGCCGCUGUGGGGCCUGUUGGGGCUCCUGACGUGGCUGCUGGCUUUGGUUACCAUUGAAUUGGCAUUACCACACCCGGCUGUGAACAAGGGCUGGCUUACCUUAGCGUGGCAGAUAGGGGUCGGGCUUAUUGCUGUUCUUCUCGGCUUGCUGUCCUUUAAGACGGUUGUGGGAGCUAAGCAGCUGGGCGGCCCAGAGGACGCCCUAUGCAAAACAGUUUAG